GACUAUCAGGUUUUUCACUUUCAAGGAACCUGCACUUAUGUUCUCUCUGAGGCCUGUGGCAGCAGUUUGCCAUACUAUCGCAUUGAGGGCAAAAAUGAGCAUCGGGGCAGCACGCAUGUGUCAUGGACGCGGAUGGUCAGAGUGUUUGUCUAUGAUGAAGUAAUUGAACUGGUCAAGGAUCACUAUUAUGACGCAAGGGUUAAUGGAAGUUUUGCAGCAACGCCAUUCACCCUCCGCAAUGGCUCCAUCCAGGUCUAUCGGUCAGGUUUUUCCUUGGCCAUCAGCACAGACUUUGGUCUGGUUGUUACAUAUGAUGCAUACAGCUACGUCAGCAUCUCUGUACCAUAUGACUAUUUUAAUUCCACCUGUGGUCUGUGUGGAAACUUUAACCUGCGUCCCGAAGAUGACUUCCGUUCAACCAGUGGUGAGAUCUUGAGCUCAGAUGUGGACUUU